AUGACGUAGAAGCGGCGCGACGCGAGCGAGCGAGUGCGGGAAGGCCGGGGGGUGAGUCGGCGCGAAUUCGGUGUCGCCGGUCAGUCAGUCAGUCAGUCUCCCGCCCGCCCGCCCGCAAAAUGGAGUACCUGAUAGGCAUUCAGGGCCGUGACUUCGUCCUCCUGGCCUCCGACAUGGUGGCCGCGAGCAGCAUCAUCGCCAUGAAGCACGAUUACGAUAAAAUGUUUAAAUUGAGCGAGAAGAUCCUGUUGCUGUGUGUGGGAGAGGCUGGAGACACUGUGCAGUUUGCAGAGUACAUUCAGAAAAAUGUACAGCUCUACAAAAUGAGGAAUGGUUAUGAGCUGAGUCCUGCAGCAGCUGCCAACUUCACUCGCAAAAAUCUGGCAGAAUAUCUUCGGAGUCGGACACCCUACCAUGUGAACAUGAUUUUAGCUGGUUACGAUGAGCAUGAUGGGCCUGCGUUAUACUACAUGGACUACUUAGCAGCUCUGGCCAAAGCUCCCUUUGCCGCUCAUGGAUAUGGCGCCUUUCUCACGCUCAGUAUCCUAGACCAACAUUAUAAGCCAGAUCUCACACGCGAAGAAUCCUUGGAGCUCUUGAAGAAGUGCUUGAAAGAGAUCCAGAAACGGUUCAUCUUGAAUCUCCCCUCAUUCACUGUCCGGAUCAUUGAUAAAGAAGGCAUUCAUGAUAUGGAGCAGAUUUCUGUGGCUGACAUAUAAUCACUUCGCACACAGUUUUUUUUUGUUUUUUUUUACUUGCUGAAAUUGAUUAGCGUGUGUAUCCAAGCUCAAUAAAACCCCACUCUCAACACCA